AUGCUGGACUUCAGUUCCCAGUUCGGUCGUCUUCAUCGUAUGCUCCGUAAAGGAAACUACGCUGGACGUAUCGGUGGUGGAGCUCCCGUCUACCUGGCCGCUGUUCUCGAAUACCUCGCCGCUGAGGUGCUCGAGUUGGCCGGUAACGCUGCUCGUGACAACAAGAAGACCAGAAUCAACCCUCGCCAUCUCCAGCUCGCUGUCCGCAACGACGAGGAGCUCAACAAGCUUCUCUCCGGUGUGACCAUCGCACAAGGAGGUGUCCUGCCAAACAUCCAGGCCGUUCUCCUGCCCAAGAAGACCGCCGGUGACAAGGAAUAA